AUGACAAACCUCACCAACGCCGGUCAUGGCCCCCUCCAAGUCCCCGGAUUCGGCGGAAUCCCUCUGGAUAUUGAACUUCCUCCGGAGAGCCGUUUCGCCCAUGGACUGGUGCAGUAUCGCCACUCACCUCGCUUAACCAAGCGUGAAAUAGCUAUGCUACGACUGAUGCAACAUAUCACUGAGACACCCGGGUGGGAUCACUCAAUCCUAGAUCCAGACGAGGAACAACUUACCCAGUGGCACCGAGAGGCAGUAGAAGGCCCGGAAGGCUUUCUGAUCAGCGAUCUUGCGUGGGACUGGUGUAUCUCGGAAUUACGCGACAAAGCAAAGAUUUGGCGGGACACAGGCCGUCUGUUGGUUUUCGAUAGCUCCUCAGCUAUAUGUCAAACGGACGUGUCCGGACUGUCUUUGGAAGACUUUCAGAGACAAGUGGAUCGACUAGGGCCCCAAGCGGAUCACCAAUCUCCGCUGGUGGAUCCAUCGCUAUAUCCCCUUGUUUAUGCUCAGUCGCCUGUCUUAUCUCAAGGAGGGCAGGUAACUAUAAACGAUCCAUGGAAUUCGACCGGAGAGGUUGACAAAGAUCACCCGGCACACCCUUUUGAUAACUUAAGGUGUCUACGGCGGAUACCAACUAGUCUUGGGCGCCGCCCUGGAUAUGGCGGUCCCGAGAGCUGCUACUCAAAUCGCUUCCAAUGGCUACCCUGCGAGAUAGAAUUUUUGUCUAAGCAGUCUCUAGACAUUCGAAUCACCUCCUACGUGAACAAUUUAAAUCCAAAAAGUCACCGAAAUUUAUACGUCCACCUUGAACAUCUUAUCGCCUCAUCGAUAUCGUCGUGGAACGAGAUUCUCUUUCGAGGCAACGAGCGUGGCCGUCAUCCACCGCGAAUACUGACAUACGGUUGUCAUAUCCACAACUACAUGGAAGACCGCAAAAUCUUCCACAAAAUCAAUCAUAUGCUUCACUGGAAUGUGCUCUGCAAGACGCAUGAAGAGUGGCAAAAGUUAUGUGAUGAUGCUCGCGAGUAUAUCUCUACCCCGGAGCCACCAAAAUGGCGCCAGGCGCAACCACGGCCAGACCUUCCGCCUAACCUACUAGAUACACUCAAACCUGAUCAGUGGGAAAUUCCCAAGUUUGUGAGUCGUCUGAUAAGGUGUAAGCGUGCUCGACGAUCUUGGUUUGACCAUCCCGAACCUAGCGUUUCUUUUUCAUAUGAUCAAUGGAAGGAAGGUCAGUUUACUGGGCGCGCAAUAAUACCGCAGCGAGUGGGCAGAUUCCCGGACCCGCUCCAUCAUGAACGCGUCCCUGUUCGUCUGCAGGAGCAGUUCCAAAAAGACGGUCUCCAGGUAGUGAUUGAAGUUUCCCGAAUUGAACUAACGCCGGAGAAGCCGACCUACUCGGGUGAUACGCAUUUUUGCACUGAGGGACUACGUAACGACCGCAUCACAGCUACGAGUUUGUUUGUUGUGGAGGCAAAAAACAUCACUCCUCCACGCAUCGCAUUUGAGCACGAGGAUAAAAUUCACGCAAGUGAAUUUGAGUGCAAGAUCCCGAACGUAAUGGCGACCGUGUUAGAUGUGGAACACUUUAAGCCGUUCGAAGAGAAAGCCCCCCGUGCACUUCAUACCUUCGGUUCUAUUUCACUCCAAGAGGGUCGUCUCCUAAGCUGGCCGGCUACAUUUAGGACUAAGCGCGAGCGAUUUAGCUUAGCAGAUCCCACCCGGCCUGGAAAUUUGACUAUUGUUAAAAUUCGCUUAGUUGACCCGCACUAUCGGAUCUGCUCUACGCGGAAUGUGCCACCGCAACAACACGACUGGUGGGCUGCUGAAGCGGGGCAGGCUGCAGGGUUAGACAAAUGCUUGCCCGCGGAACUAGUGCAGCUUGUAAUGAAGGAAACAGAUCGGUGGCCUAUCUCGCGAGACGUGGCGGAGCGUCUGCGCGAAGAGCUUCGCCUAGAUCAUGAGCGGAAACGCAAAGCCGUUGACCAGUGCGUUGGCCACCAUCUCGUGAGCUAUAUUCCGUACGAUACUGCCACAGCUCGGGAUGCGACGGAUUCGUCUGGUGUCGGAUACGAGUCUCCAUAA